AUGGGUUGCAUGUUGAGAAGCGAUCCAAUGACAUUUUGCGACGUAUAUCUUCAACCUGAAACGGCGUUCGAUAUAGUAGCAAAUUUGGGUGAAAUGGGUUGCGCUCAAUUUGUGGAUAUGACACCGGAUGUAAAACCGUUUCAAAGAAACUAUGUUUCUGAACUAUGCCGAUGCGUUGAAAUGGAACGAAAGCUUCUUUAUAUGGAAGGAGAGAUGUUAAGAGACAAGAUUGAUGUCAUUGAAUACAAUAGUAUAGCACCAAAGGCAAUACCACUUCACGAAAUGGCCGGUCUAGAAAACAUACUUGAAAAAUGGGAAAACGAUGUUUUGAGUAUGUCGGAGAAUCAGACAACUUUAUUAAGAAAUUACUUAGAGCUGACGGAAAUGAGUUACGUUUUAAAUCAUAUUGGUCCGAUGCUGGGCGAAUCUGAUAUCACGGAGGAGUCGAUAUUUGGAAGGUCUGCUGGCGGUGACACGGGCUUACUUGGCCGACUCUUUGUCAUAACAGGCGUUGUUAAGCGUAGCCGAAGUUUUCCUUUUGAAAUGAUGCUUUGGAGAGUGUCUCACGGAAACAUCUAUUAUAGGCGGGCGACGCAGGAUGCUAUACUACAAGACCCGCAAACUGGACAGGAUAUUCGGAAGGUGGCGUUUUUAGCAAUCUGUCAAGGGGAACAGAUUAGCGCUCGACUAGAAAAAGUCUGCAACGGAUUUCAUGUUAAUCUAUAUUCUUGCCCACAAAAUUUUAACGAGCGAAUGGACAUGAUGGUACAAUUAGACUUGAGAAUUGAUGAUUUAGAACGGGUUAUGAGCAAAUCAAAAUACUAUCGAUGUAAAGCACUCCGAGCUGUUAGUAAGCAAUGGGAAACGUGGAUGGUUCAAAUAAAAAAGUCUAAAGCGAUCUACCAUACAAUGAACAUGUUCACUUUGGAUAUAACAAGAAAAUGUCUUAUUGGACAGUGUUGGGUGCCAGACCUGGACCUGCCACAAGUCGAAGACGUUUUAGCACGUGUUUCGGUGAGAGCUGGGACUAAUGUUGAGUCAUUUUUAUUAAAAUCAGACGAUGCUGACGAACCACCUACAUUUCAUCGCACUAAUAAAUUCACAAAAGGUUUUCAAGCCCUUAUUAACGCUUACGGUGACUCGUCAUACAGGGAAUUGAAUCCAGGUCUUUAUACUAUAAUAACUUUUCCAUUUCUAUUCGCUCUGAUGUUUGGUGACGUGUGUCACGGUAUUAUAUUACUGGCAUUUGCGGGUUGGAUGGUUUCGGUUGAAAAGGAAAACAUGGAAAAAACGUCGAAAAAUGAGAUUUGGAAUAUUUUUUUUGGAGGUCGAUAUGUAAUUUUGAUGAUGGGUCUCUUUACGCUUUACACUGGUUUUCUAUACAAUGUAUUCUUUUCUAAGUCAAUUGUACUCGUGCAGCCGUAUUGGAUGAAUACAUACGACUUGAAAACAGUUGAAAGUAGUCAAUAUAUUACUUUAAAUCCUGUUUUUGAAACGCGCGCGCCUUAUUUAUUUGGCGUUGAUCCGGUUUGGGCGUUGGCUAAAAAUAAAAUCAUGUACCUGAAUUCGCUGAAAAUGAAAAUGUCAAUUAUAAUUGGUAUCGUUCAUAUGAUGUUCGGAUUGUUUUUAAGUCUUUUUAAUCAUACAUAUUUUAAAAGGUAUUAUGCAAUUUAUUUGCAAUUCAUUCCGCAAGUGUUAUUUCUGGCUUGCCUUUUUAUGUGGCUGGUCAUACUUAUUUACAUGAAAUGGUUUAUGUUCAGUGGAAAAUAUGUCGAACUAAAAAGAGGAGCUGGCUGUGCUCCUCUGAUUCUUAUUUUGUUCAUCGAUAUGGUAUUGUUAUCUACUUCGAAGCCAGUAGAGGACGAUUGUAAUGCUUACAUGUUUGAAAGUCAGGAACAACUUCAGCGACUCUUAGUUAUAAUAGGGGUUAUUUGCGUCCCUAUAAUACUAUUCGGAACGCCGGUUUAUCUACACAAAAUUUAUAAAAAGAAAAAGGAAGAGGCGUUGAAACGAAUUAGUCAAUUUCGUAGAUAUCAACGACGUGAUUCCGAUAAUAAACGGGCGGAAGAAAAGAUACUAAAGGAUGUGGCCAAAUACUCUACAUCUUUUAGCGAACUGAUGAUCCAUCAAGCUGUACACACUAUAGAAUUCGUACUGAGUACUAUAUCUCACACAGCUUCUUAUCUUCGUCUGUGGGCGCUGUCACUCGCUCAUGAACAACUAUCGGAAAUGUUAUGGGUAAUGAUAUUUGCAAAACUUGGUCUUCGGGAUACAUCACUAGCCGGAGGACCUAAAAUUUUUAUAAUAUUUGCAAUUUGGGCUAUAUUCAGUCUUUCGAUCUUAGUUGUUAUGGAGGGAUUAUCAGCCUUUCUCCAUACAUUGCGAUUACACUGGGUUGAAUUUAUGAGCAAAUUUUAUACCGGUGCCGGUUAUCCAUUUAAGCCAUUCAGUUUUAAAGCUAUACUCUCUGGGGAGGGCAAGGAAGAUAAGUCUGAAGCUAUGUGCAAAAAGAAGGCAACAGCUAAUUGA